AUGUGCAUGGAUACCCUCACACACAAGUCCUCUUCACCCGUGCAAUCCCUCACCACCCGCCGAAUCCUCGUCAGAAAACGACGCCAGAGCCAACCAGCACCGCCGACGGCAGCCGCGGCCGUACCAGCCGCCGCUACCGCCGGUGCAAGCGGCUCUGCAGACGCGGCAGUCCCCGCUGCUGUUUCCGCCGCGCGCCUUGCAGCAGACGAUUCCGCGCAGCCAUCGCCUGCAGGGCUCCUGGGGGCGCGGGAAGAGGAUGGCGCGGCGUGGGACUGUAUACCAGUCGAAUCCGACUUCAGCGGCUUUCCCCCGAACCGCCGCGCGGACGCAUCCUUCUCGUCCGCGGACUUGGCACCGCCGCAGCGCCCUGGAGCCCUUCCCUGUGUUCCCGCUCUUCUUCCGCCUCCUCUUGCGCCACCACUGGCGCCGGUUCCGCCGUCCGCGGGAGGCAUGUUUGAGAACCAGCGCAUAUCGCCCCUGGCGCACCACAUAGCGCAGCAAGUUCCGCAGUCCUUCCCCCAGACCCCCUUCCGCAGAUCCCCCACCCUCCCCUCGUCCUGGGAUCUUCCCCCUUUCUCCAAGCGCCAGCGCGUGGCGGUGGCUUGGGGGGGAGGAGCGGGGGGCGCGGAAGUUGAGAAAGGGAGAGCGCAGGGGAAGUGCGGUUCCGCGGGGGAAGGGCAUGCGGGAGGCAUGUGCGGGGAAGACGAGGCGGAGAGGGAGGGAGAGGAUGGGAGUGCUUUGGGGGGACAGAAAGGAGGCACGUGGGGAGAUUGUGAUUUGGGGGAAGAGAGGGAAGGGGAAGUGGGAGCGGGGAGGGAGGUGGAAAGGGGAGGGCGAGGGGAGCGGGAAGGAGAGGAGGAGGAGGAGCAGAAUGAGCGUUGGAUGGAUGAGGUCAAAGCUCCCUUGCUCGUGGCUUCCAAUGCUUCUUAUGCCGCUGCAGCAGCACCAAUAACAACAGCAGCAGCAGCAGCAGCAGCAGCACCAAUGGCGGCAGCGCCAGUGGCAGUAGCAAAUUCUCUUGAGGUUGUUGUGAGAGUGCCAAGAGCUGCUGCGGCUGCGGCAGCGGCAGCGGCAGCAGCAGCAGCAGCAGCAGCAUCUGGUCGUGUGGAGAGUGUUGGUGGGUGCAUGAGCAAGGGCGGAUGUGUGGGUGUGAGUGCACGCGAUGCCUCAGCUGCAGCAGCUCUUGAAUGUGAUGACUCCCUGUCGAGGGGCGAGCAGAAGAGGCAUGAGCGAGGGGGUGAUGAGGGUAGCUCCUGUCCGGUUAUGGCUUUGACAGGAGGAGGGAGAGAUGGAGGAGGAGGAGAGUGGGGUGGAGGAGGGAGGGGAGACGCGGAUGGAGCAGAGCAGCGGUCAACAGGCAAGCGAGUGAAGAGGAGAGAGAUGGGAAGGAUGCUGUUCACGCAGGAGGAGCACGAGGUGCAGGUGCAAGAUCAACAUGGCAGCCAGCAGCCUCAACAUGCACGUGUGAAAUGCAGAAAUUACUUUGCACGCUGGGAGCACCUUAUUGGAGGAGUGGAGGAGGAGGAGGACGAGGAAGAGGAGGAGGAGGAGGGUGGGGAUGAUGACAAGUCCAUGGGUGACCCUCAGGAAUCUCCCAAAUUUGUUCUCUCUUCAGGGCGAUCUCUCUCCUCAGAUUGCUUGAUCAGAGCAGGCAAGCCCUUGACCAUUGAUGGCGAGUUUGAGCAAUUCUUCUCCCAGCUCCUCCUAUGA